GUUUUCGUUGCAUUAAAAUGUACGGAACAGGUUACACCAGAGGCUCGCCGGCACCGAGCAUCGUAAACAGGUGUAUAAAUUACUUCCCAGCCUAGUUCAGUGGAAUGUCGAAUGCUACUUAUCAGAUCGUCGCUACCAGCACAUGCGACAAAACCGACUGGAGUCAGUCGUUCGUAGCAGCCGUAACCAUGAAGUCUUUUAUCAAUUACUCGAGCUCCAGCGAUUUCCCGAUCGAAAAUUUGCCGUAUGGAAUCUUCUCUACCAAAGAUGAGCCAGAGAAAAAAAUAGGUGUAGCAAUUGGUGAUGAAAUUCUAAAUUUACGUGCUAUUGCAAAUCAUUUUAACGGACCACUGUUGCAAAGUAAACAGGAUGUAUUUCGUCGUGAAUUUCUCAAUGAUUUUAUGUCACUGGGAAGGCCAGCAUGGUUAGAAGCAAGAUCGAAACUUCAAGAGCUGCUUUCUGCUAACAAUCAUACUUUGCAAGAUCCGGAAGUCCGUUCUAAAGUCUUCGUCGCACAGAAAGAUGCUGUGAUGCAUUUACCAGCAAAAAUUGGAGAUUAUUCAGAUUUUUAUUCGUCCCUUCAACACGCUACAAAUGUCGGAAUUAUGUUCCGUGGGAAAGAAAACCCGGUGCUGCCGAAUUGGAAAUAUUUGCCGGUUGGAUAUCACGGAAGAGCAAGUUCCAUUGUUGUGUCAGGCACACCCAUAAAACGACCAUAUGGUCAAACCCUUCCAGUCGAAGGUGCAGCACCUGUUUUCGGGCCAUCUAAAUUAAUGGAUUUCGAGCUGGAAGUUGCUUUCUUCGUCGGACCACCAACAAAUCUUGGCGACACAGUUCCAGCUUCGAAGGCCUAUGAUCAUAUCUUUGGCAUGGUCCUAAUGAAUGAUUGGAGCGCCAGAGAUAUUCAAAAAUGGGAGUACAUUCCCCUCGGGCCCUUCGGCGCGAAGAACUUGGGAACUUCCAUUUCUCCAUGGGUCGUUACGAUGGAAGCUCUAGAGCCUUUUAAGCUACCAAAUGUGACACAAGAUCCUAAACCAUUCCCGUAUUUGCAACAUGACGAGUCUUGUAAUUUCGAUAUUAAACUUGAAGUUGAUCUUAAACCUCCAAGUGGUGUAGCUACAACAAUAUGCCGGAGCAAUUUCAAAUACAUGUACUGGACUCCGCGACAGCAAUUGGCACAUCAUACGAUAACCGGAUGCAAUAUUAAUCCUGGCGAUUUAAUGGGUUCCGGCACGAUAAGUGGAAACACUGCGGAUUCUUAUGGCUGCAUGCUGGAAUUAUGUUGGAAAGGCACACAAACUAUUCCAUUAAAGGAUGGUACUACAAGAAAGUUUCUUCAAGAUGGAGAUGAAGUAAUCAUUCGUGGUUGUUGUGUUGGCGACGGCUACAAGGUUGGUUUUGGAUCAUGUACUGGUAAAUUGUUACCCGCUAACACACAGUGAAAUUGGUGUAUAAAAUAUGGCAAAGAUAAGUUAAACAUAUUUUGUCGUCUUUUGCAUAUUUUAUAUUUGAUCUUUAUAAUAUAAUAAACUUUUCCUUGUGUA